AUGAUAAGCAGAGUAUCAUCAUUUUUCAAUAAUUCAUAUUCAUUAUACGAUUUUACAGUGGAGGAUUGUUAUGGAAAUAUCUUUGAUUUUUCAAAGCUUGAGGAUAAAGUCAUACUAAUAGUGAAUAUAACUAUAAUCGAUGCAUUUUUGGAAAAGAUUUUCGAAUUGCAAACAUUAUAUGAUAAAUAUAACAAAGAUGGGUUGGAAAUUAUUGCUUUUCCUACAGACCAGUUUCUUUCACCAUCGUUAACAAACCCACAAACACUGCCCAGUAAUUCAGUGUCGAAUUUCUGUCAAAAAUAUAAUAUAACGUUUCCUGUGAUGGAAAAAUGUAAAGUCAAUGGUAAAAAUCAAGUUGGUGUGUAUAGAUAUUUGAAAGCUCAGAAAAAAGGCCCCUUGGGAUUGAAAUUGAUCAAAUGGAAUUUUGAAAAAUUUUUAAUUGAUAAAGAUGGCGAGGUCUCUGGGAGAUUCAGCUCGCUUUACAGGCUAAAUAAGUUGGAGAAAAACAUUAAAAGCUUGUUGUUUGAUAAAAAAAAGCCUCGAAGCGUUUCAAGCAGAACAUUGAAUAAAUAUAGCAAUUACUAUUACUAA